AUGCAUUUGUUUAUAGUUUUCAUAAUUCUAAUCUCGAAAGUAAGUGACGGUAGAAUAAAUACAAGAGGACCAACAAUUGUGAAGGAAUUUGUAAAUUGUGUGAGCUCUUUGAUAAAAAAAGAUUUUCAAGAGCCCGGUUUAUUAAUUUUCGGAAUUUCUUACGACAGCAGUUCCAUUGUAGAAAAGUUAAGGGAACAGGUCUUGAAAUAUAUCCACGAAUCUAAUAAUUUUGUUAUACAAACAGUGGAUCCAUCUAAAAUAGCUGUCUGUAAAAAGUCGGACAUAAAUGUACCAGGUGGUUUUCAUUUAGAUCUAAAAGAAAAUAAACAUGUAAGAACAGCAAACUAUUUUGUAGUAAUAGCCAAUAAUGCUGAAGACUUCUUUCAAUUCGCAAGCAAAAUAAUUAAAGCAAAAUACUGGAACCCCGACGCAAAAUUCAUUGUAUUUUUGUGUCACCUAAUAAAUGAAGACAAUGUUAAAAGAAUGGUUGUUCAAGAAAUUUUAAGCUAUUUAUUUAAACAUAAUGUGAUGAAAGUAGUAGUAGGCACUGUUAAGGACCAUAAGAUGCGAAAGGUGUUAAUUUAUAGCUGGAGACCCUAUGACCCUCCGAAGUAUUGUGGAUACGAUAAUGAAACAAAUGAAAAUCGUUUGGAGUUGGAAAAUAUCUGUGAAAAUGGCAUUCUAAAAUUUGAAAAAAGCGUCUUUUACAAUAGAGUGCCUAAUAAUAUGUAUGGUUGCAAUAUGUACAUGCUUGCUCUGGAAAGACAGCCAUUUAUCAGUAGAAAUAUGAAUGAUCCCAAUAUGGAGAAGGUAAUGGUAAAUGAAUUGUUAAAAAAAACUAACUUUUCUAUAAAUUAUCAAAUAAUUAAUGCGUUUAGAGGGGAAAGAAAUGAAAGUGGAAAAUGGAGUGGAGCAUUGAAAGAACUUGUUUCUAAAAAAGGCCAUGUUCUUUUAGGGGGUAUAUUUCCUGAUUUUGAUGUACAUGAAGAUUUUGAGUGUAGUUUAACAUAUUUGUCGGAUUCAUACGCAUGGGUUGUUCCACGUGCAUAUUCGAAACCACCUUGGAUUGCUCUGACAAUUACUUUUCAAGAACACGUGUGGUAUUUAACUGUUGUAGGAUUUUUUAUUUGUGUAAUAACUUGGAAUUUUUUUGGCCGUAUCAGUUGUGAUACGAAGUACAAUAAGUCUUUAAUGCAUUGUUUUAUGAAUACGUGGAUAUCUUCAUUGGGCUUUUCAUCUUACGUCCGACCAGUUCAACAAAGCUUAAGGGUAUUUAAUGUGUUUUUAAAUAUCUAUAAUAUUUUGCUUCUAACCGCAUACCAGACCAAAUUAAUUGAUGUGUUAUUAAAUCCGACGUUUGAAUAUCAAAUUCAUACAUUAGAAGAACUCAUUGACAGCCGACUUAACUUUGGUGGUUCUGAAGAACUACAUGAUUUAUUUUAUAAUUCAAGUGAUACUUUUGAUCAUAAGAUUGGUGAAAAUUGGAUUCAUAUUAAUAACAUUUCAAAGGCAUUAAUAGAUGUAGUGGUCAAUAGAAAUUUCUCUGUUCUUUGCAGUCGUUUGGAAUUAGCACAUUUAUCUGCAGUCAUACCAGAGUUGACAGAUGAUCUUGGCCAAGAUAACUAUUAUGUAUUCAAAACUAAUGCAUUUACAGUUCCAAUAGAAAUGAUUGCAUUAAAAGGUUUUCCUUUUAUGAAAAAUAUUUCGCGUACAUUGAGUAUAUACAAGCAAUUGGGGCUCAAUUCAAUGUUGAGAAGAUAUUUUACAUCUUUGAAUAUGAAAAAACGUGCCAAACUGUUUAAAAAGUCUGGUAACAAUAAAAAUCUAAAAGCAUUAUCAAUGAAACAUUUACAAGGGGGAUUUUUUAUUUUAGCUAUAGGCAAUGUAGCAGGAAUAGUCAUUUUAAUUUUGGAAAUUAUAUUAAAUAGUAAUUAUAUUAAGUACAAA